GACAAAUGGUUAGCCACGCCCCUCUCCCGCCCUCCUCUUCUGUCUAGUUGGUUGGCAUCAUUCGUAUAGGGUAACGGCGUGCCCACGGUGUGCGUGGUGACGUCACCAGAGUUGAGCCCCCGUCUUUCGGUUUCCUUGGAUACAGACGCUAGAGGAAAUACAUUUUCUCAGAUGUUCACAGGCAGCUGUCCUUCAUACCGGAGAGCGGACGGCCAUUUUCUUGUGGUACUCAUCAUUUUCUGUAGGAAGGAUAUGGACCAAAAACACACACACAGAUGCUGUCAUUCUCCAGUCCUCAUCUUUAACCAACCGGGUGAAUGGCCUGGACUCAUCGCCUGCGUUUGACCAAUGGGUUAGUGGAGCAGGAGUGCUCUGGGAGGACAAGCGAUAAAGCAGUGAAGUCGCGUCAUAGUCAUUCCCACUUAAAGGGAAAGGGCCCAUAUGACAGACCCGAUGGCCCAGGACAUUCACAUAACUGAGAGGAUAUUAAGUCUCACCUUCGAGAUCAUCUACCUGCUGAGUGGAGAGGAUUACACAGUAGUGAAGAAGACAUCAGGUGAGUGUGUGACAUCCAGCAACCGUCCCCGUGUGUCAGGAGGACUGAGCAGUACCCAGAGCCCCAUCACGGUGCCUCCACCUCACUCACUGAUACAUGAGAGGCACAAUGACCAGAAGAUCCUGGAACUUACCAACAAGAUCAUUCAUCUGCUGACUGGAGAGGUUCCUAUAAGGUGUGAGGAUGUUACUGUCUAUUUCUCCAUGGAGGAGUGGGAGUAUAUAGAGGAACACAGGGGUCUGUACAAGGACGUGAUGAUGGAGAAUCACCGGCCCCUCACAUCACUGGUUGGGGCCAGUAACAGGAAUACCCCAGAGAGAUGUCCCCGUCCUCUUUAUUCCCAGGAUCAUACAGAGGAGAAUCCUAGUGUCCCACAGGAGGAUCAGGGUGAAACUCUGGCUAAUAUUAAAGUAGAAGUUGCAGAGGGAGAAGAGACAUAUUUGAGGGGUGAUCAGCUGUGUAAGGAGGAGGAAGUCCCUACAGAUAUUGGCACAGAUGGAUCAAGUAACAGAAGAUGUCCCCGUCCUCAUUACUCACCGGAUUGUUUAGCGGGAAAGUACAAAAUCCAACAGGAUACACAGGGUGAACAGCUGAUUGUUAUUAAAGUAGAGGGAGAAGAGGAGACGUAUGUGAGGGGUGAUCAGCUGUGUAAGGAGGAAGAAGAGAAGUAUGUGAUGAUAGAUCAGCAGCGUAAGGAGGAGGAAAUCCCUGCAGAUAUCAGCACGGGUGGACACAGCAGCAGAAAUAACUCCAAUAAACAUCUCGUCUCAUCUCCAGAUUGUGACUUUGAAGAUAAUGAUAUCUCACAAGACUCUCCAGUAGAAAACCCCAUUACCCCAAAUAUCCAUCUAGGACAUCACAGUGCAGAUAUAUCACCUGAUACCUCUAAUCAUGAGGCGAGCUCUCCUGAUAACUCUGAUAUUAUUACGCAUAGUCCAGAUCAGACAGACGAGAAACUGUUUCCAUUCUUUGAAAGCUCUAAAUGUUUUGCCGAAAUAGCGAAUCUUAUUUCCCGCCACACAGGCGAGAAACCAUUUUCCUCUCCUGAGCAGGGCCAGUGUUCUGCACCGGACUCGGUGCUUGCCAAUCAUCAUACAGUUCACAUAGACGAGCGGCCGUUCCAGUGUGCCGAGUGUGGGAAAUGUUUUACACAGAAAUCCCAUCUUGUUAAGCACCACAGAACCCACACGGGGGAGAAGCCGUUUUCCUGCUCCGAGUGCAGGAAAUGCUUCAAGCAGAAAUCGACUCUCAUCGAACAUCAGCGAACUCACACCGGCGAGAAGCCGUUCCCAUGCUCCAACUGCGGGAAAUGUUUUACAAAGAAAUCCGGUCUCACUAAGCAUCAAAGAAUUCACACAGGGGAGAAGCCGUUUCCCUGUGCCGAGUGUGGGAAAUGCUUUUCGCAGAAAUCAAGUCUCUGCAGCCAUUUGAGGCUUCACACAGGAGAGAAGCCGUAUGGGUGCCCGGACUGCGGGAAAUGUUUUGCCCAGAAAUCGAUACUUGUUAAACAUCGGGCAGUUCACACACAUUUGCAGACGUGACAAGCUGUUAGAAUUCCAAAAGACAUAGCACAUAAUGGCCCUCAUUCCGAGUUGUUCGCUCACUAGCUGCUUUUAGCAGCCGUGCAAACACUAAGCCGCGGCCCUCUGGGAGUGUAUCUUAGCUUAGCAGAAGUGUGAACGAAAGGAUCGCAGCGCGGCUACAAAAAAAGAUUGUGUACUUUCAAAGUAGCUCCAGACCUAUUUAGUUUCUGUUUUGACGUCACAAACACGCCCUGCGUUCGGCCAGCCACGCCCACAUUUCCCCAGGCAUGCCUGCGUUUUUACACACACUCCCCGAAAACGGUCACUUACCUCACAGAAACACCCACUUCCUGUCAAUCACUCUGCGGCCAGCAGUGUGAUUGAAAAGCGUCGCUAGACCUUGUGUGAAACUGCAUCGGCUUUUGUGAAAGUACGUCGCGCGUGCGCAUUGCGCCGCAUGCGCAGAAGUGCAGAUUUUUAGCCUGAUCGCUGCGCAGCGAACAACGGCAGCUAGCGAUCAACUCGGAAUGACCCCCAUUAUCUCAUCUCUCUCCACUUUAUCAAUCUCCAAGUCUUGGUACACCUCAGUUUUCAUGUAAUAGCCUUAUUCUGCUGAUAAUAAAUUAUUAAACAAUUGUGUAUUUGUGCGCGACCAGUGUGUGUCUGGAGGCAGCAAA